CGACCGACUCGGCUGGCUUGCUUUCAUAUCGCAGCUGCUCAUCCAUCCAUAUAACUCCAUCCCUUAAAGACGUCAGUCGCGCAACUGCAAUAACACCGCGAAUCGCACCCCAGUAAACCUACCUACACGAUGGCAUUGAACCCUGAAGAUCUUUCCGGAAUUCCACACAGGACAGUCUCGCCAAGGCCUGUUACGCACGGUCGCGGCGGUGCCGGCAACAUUGGUCCCGAGGAGUGGAGGGAGUACGUUGACGGCACUCUCGACCGCCCGCCUGUCAUCAGGGGAGCCUACUCUACAGGACGUGGUGGAGGAGGAAACAUCGAGACCAGUGGAGAUCUGGAGAAGGCCCGCCUCGCUCAGGACCUCGAGGAACCUCGCAGAUCUACUGACGGUGGAAACACCGAGUUGCCUGCUGGUCGCGGCGGCUUUGGUAACAUCCAGCGCGCUCUCCACGACGAGCGCGUUCACUCCAAGUCUCCUGUACCGGUUGAGAGGACGGAGGUGCAUCAUCAAACCGAGGAAGCAAAGGUGCACGAAGGAUUUGCGGACAAGGCAAAGAACUUUUUCCACAGGAAGCUCGCGGACGGCAAGAAGGAGGAGAAGGCGUAAGAGGAAGCAGCAGCCGCAGUAGAUAAACUCCGUACCGUAUUGAUACCCUAUCCUAC